AUGGUUUUGGUGUCUGAUUCUAAUAUCGGGAUGCCCGUUAAGGAUGUUGCUUCGACUCCCGUUAAAUUAAAUGAGGAGGGCAAUUGUGUAAUUAACGAAGGGAUAAACGAUUUAUUACCAGAUGUUUGUUCGUCCUUGGAGGAAUCAGAUGAGGAUUCUGAUUGUACCAGUUCAGACGGUGCUGACCCAGAGGGUAACGGUUCGCCCGAGGAGCGUGAAGGUUCUGAAAAGGACAAGAAUGCCCCACUUCCACGUUCCGAGAUUAACCCAAAAUCAACAGUACCUUCAAAGACGAGCCACAACGAUUUAAGAGGGAGACCUUCUGCUUGUGUAUUUGUGGCAAGUCUGGCGGCCACAUUGUCCGAUGACGAAUUGUGUCUCUCUGUUACAGAAAAGUUUGCUCACUACGGUGGCUUAAACGGUGUCAAAGUUUUGAGAGACCAAGAGAAUAGACCAUAUGCUUUUGUUCAAUACGCUACGGACAAAGAUGCUAAGAACGCACUGAGAAUGGCUCAUGGUUCUAAAUUAAACGGUAGAAUAAUCCGCUGUGAACCGGCAAGGGUCAACAGGACACUGUUCAUCUCCUGUCACAUGCCCACCUCCUUCGCCGACCUAGAGAAGUUUUGCUCAAAAUUUGGUGAAUUGGAACAAGUUGUACCUGGUAAGGACUCCGGUUUGCCCAUUGGAAGGAAGAACCUUGGGUACCCAAUAACAAAGUCUGCGUCAUGGUUUAUCCAAUUUGUGUACAGAGAUGAUGCUAUUAGGGCGUUUGCCAAUAUCAAGACAGAAUUAAGUUGGAACGUCCAAUGGGCUCAAAAUGUAAACGUCCCCAAACACUAUAACUUGGUUGCAAAAAGUCAAGACGAAGAAGGCUCGCCUGUACCAGAGAUGGAAGAGGAGGAGAAAGUCUGUAUUGACAAGAAUUCAAUCUUUGUGGGACAAUUACAUACAGACACAGACGAGGAUUCUUUGAAAAGACAUUUCAGCGUUUAUGGCAAUAUCGUUAGUUUGACUUUGAUACACAAAAUAACAAACGUUUUCGCCUUUAUCGAGUUUGACACGGAAAAAGCUGCCUCAGCGGCACUUGAGAAGGAAAACCAUUCUAUUUUUUUGAACAAAACAAUACACGUACAGUACAAAGAGAUUGGAGGGUUACAUUCACGGAGAAAUUCUAGAAGAUUCAGUAACGGUGGGAAACCAAACAACAACUCAUUCCAUGAUGACACAAAUUACGGUACCCCUCAAUUGAAUCUGGCGCCACCACCUAUAAACAUGUACAGGCGGAGAUCACAUGCAAGCGGGUUACCACCAUUCCGUGGAUUUGCUCAUGGCUCCCCCGGCAGUACCAAAUCGUCAAACGGGUAUCCAAGCUUUACUUACAAUCCGAAAGUUGCACCUUAUAGACGGGUGUCUUACCCAGAAAACAGAACCACUUCCAGUGACAUGGGUGAUCACACAAGAGAGAGGGAAAGAGAUGACAAAGAGUUAGAGGAAGAGGAAGAGGAAGGAAAUGAGGAACAUGAAGAAGAGGAAGUCGAUCCCGAAAGUGAUUACCAAGAGGGAGACGGAAGCAAGGGCACAGAUUCAAUCGAAAAUGAUGGAGAUAUAUCGGAGUCACAAAGUGACACCAACAUGCAUGAUUAUGGCUCCGCUGGUACAGCUACUGGUACUUCUACGACGACAUAUGAUAGAUCAUCUGCAGGAAAUUACCCACGUCAUUUUAAGAGAAGGUACUCGUACAACGAGAUGUUGAAAUACAACAACGAUCCUAAUCUGCCACCUUAUUACUUCCCACAGCACUACUACUACGCGCCGAUGCCGUAUCCAAUGGGUCCACCGGGUACCUCUCAUGGUGGCCAGCCAUAUUCAGUAGUUUAUCCAUUCCAACACCCCACUGGACAGCCAUACAUGCAACCACCAGGACCACCAUUUGGCCCACCGGGACCACAUUCAAACGGGAACAUGAUGCCGAUGUCGGUCCCUAGAGUGAUGCCACACGGAGUGCGGAAGUUUUCUGACCGUUCGCCUCCGUUCAGACCCGGAGAAAGCAAUGAGGAAGUGGACAAGCCCUCCGUAGAGUUGCUUGACUAUUAA